AUGGUGGAUGACGCAGCACGUCGGCGAAAUCAUCUCAGCUACCUGCUGGACAACAGUAUUGUUGGACUUGCUUCUCCCUCAAUGAGAGGAUCGACUCCUCUGGAUGUGACGGCCGCUUCUGUCAUGGACAACAACGAACUGGCGCUUGCUCUUACAGAAGCGGAUCUGGAGAAAGUGGUGCAGUAUUUGGGAGGCUGUGGUUUGUGUAGUUGUACUCUCCUGGUCUCCAAAGGAUACCCAGAUAUUGGUUGGAAUCCUGUGGAGGGAGAACGUUACCUGGACUUCCUGCGUUUUGAAGUAUUUUGCAAUGGUGAGAGUGUUGAGGAGAACCCCUAUGUGGUAGUGAGGCUUCUGAUUCGCCGACCGGAGUGCUUUGGCCCCGCCCUUCAAGGGGAAGGGGGAUAUGGUCUUCUAGCAACCAUGGAGGAAGCCAUCAGAAUUUCCCACCUGCAGGAUGGAACCAGUGCAGCCAGUACACACAGUUCCAACCGGAUGCUUGACACGCUUGAUGAUGAAGAUGAUGAUGUCAUCCACAUGGGACACGCCAUAAUGACCUUCUACUCUGCUCUCAUUGAUCUGUUGGGUCAUUGCGCCCCUGAGAUGCAUGUAACUCAUAGAAGCGGGAAAGGUGAGGCCAUCCGAAUAAGGGCAAUCUUGAGGUCUCUCGUCCCCAGAGAGGAUCUGGAGGGAAUCAUCAAUAUUCCUUUUAGUUUACCAAUUGUAAACACAGAUGAUCUAAUGGUGGAGCCUGACAUGUCUCGGAUAUUUUGUCCGGAUCACAAAGCAGCCAUGGUGCUGUUUUUGGACCGGUUUCCGGAGUUCAGGACCAGCAGUUCUUGCUACGUCUGCUGGAGAAUGGUUUCCUGCCGGACCUGCGAGCGGCUGUUAACAUGGAUGCUGUAA